GGCGCAUGCGCGUUGGGAUGAUGGGAAUUUCCAACAGCUGAGGAGGAGGCGUAGCUAGCCACACGGCUAGCACUCGUUAAAGCUUGGAGCCGGCUCAGAAGAAUCCCACGAUCACGAAUGUGGCUCCACGAUGAGUGACCUUGAGCUCUGCACACGCCGAAACCGAGGACUGGAAUAGAUGCAGCGCUGCGUUAACAGAGCGUGAAGCUACAGCUCCUCCUGACCUCAUCGUGCACGACAUAGGCCCGUGUGUCCUGGAAUGAGUCGGGCUUUGAGCCGAUGCCAGAGAUGCCCGUAAGAAGGCGUCCCUACAGGCUGCAGCCUAGCUACGCCAACUGAAAGCACCACAACAACUGCAUCUGUUGUUUGAAGGAUGUGCUGCUGAUUGGAUGCAAAAUCUCACUCCUCUUCCACCUCUCCAAAACAUUAUUAACGUCGAGCGUGUGCCAAAGCGUUCGCAGUGAAUCAUGAUGACCAAAACAUGGUGCUUGAAUGUGGCACCCUGGUGCAGAAUAUGCUAAGAGGGGUGAGGCUCUCUCAGAAAAGUAGCCGAAGGGCCGACUGACAGUCCGCUGCCGACAAUGGAUGCCAAGUUAAAAGAGGACCUGUUUCGAAGGUAUGUGACGCUGCUGGAGAGGCGUCUGGAGGGUGGAGGGGAGUACACGGGGGUUGGAGGUGCACCAGAGGGGGACAGAGGGAGGCACAAGGACAGCGAGGCGCUGCUCUCCACUGCGACGGCUCUGCUGGGGGCCUACCAGCCGGACCCGGGGCAGCGCUUCCGGAUGGUGCGUUACUAUGAAGUGGUGGAGAAUUCCCUCCGCUGUCAGAGAGGGGGCAACAUCAGGAGCCUGGAGAGAGCCUUCCACACGCUGGAGACCAUAUGCACCAACCUCCUGCUCUUCCCCUGGAAGAAGGAGUUCAGAUGUAUCAAGACCUUCACCGGCCCAUAUGUGUACCAUCUGCAGUCCGCCAUUUCUGAUGCCGAACUCCGAACUCUAAUGCGCACCAUCGGCUACACCUGUGACCACGAUUCGCAGUUCCACUUGCAGGAGCACCCGGGAGGCGCGAAUCAUCUCCGGCAGCUGGCGUUCGAGCUCUUCCUGGCCCAGGCAGAGUGUCGUCUCCUGGGGGAGGUUGUGGCUCUGGCCCGCGGUUCGGCCUCGGAGCUGGAGGCCCUGGAACUCCGCAGAGGCUGCAGAGACGACGCGGCCGGCUGUGCCGAGGCGCUCCGCAGACGCGACAGCCUCGGUGCGGACAUGGCUCGGCUGUCCGUGCGGCCGCUGGACAUCGAGAGGCCUCACGCCCACCACCUGAGGCGAGGCAGCCGACCGUCUAAGUCCGUGGACGUCACAGAUGGGGCCGGCCACUGGCACGCGGCAGUGAGCAAGCCCGUCCUGAAGGCCUCGCUGAGUCUGAGGAAGGAAACUCUGUUUGUGGAUGCAGAGGAGGACAUGAAGGAUGAGAUCAUCAGGCCCUGCACCUCGGCGUCCCUCUUCUCCGUGGCUGCUCCGCCUUCCUACAGCCCCGUUGCGGAUUUCUUCCCAAUCCAGUCGCCUCCCCCGGCGGAUGCUUACACAUCCUACCACCUGUCCUCUUUGGAUGAGAUCGACUUGUACACAGAACGGGGUGUCGGGACGGGGGGAAGGCAGACCCCCUCUCGGCCUCCGUCCAGAGAGCCCCGGGAUGUGCGGGACGCGUGGCUGCUCAAAGCUCACGGCAGUGUGAAGUGUCAGGGCUGCGGGCUGGGCUGCUCCUCCAUGGCCUCCUGCCAGAGGUGUGACAUGAUCCUCUGUGCUUCCUGUCACGACGUGGACCCCUCCCCUUGCUGUGGCCUGCAGGACUACCACCCCAAAUCCCCGCGGCCCCUGGACGGGUACAUCCCCGUCAAGGAAAAGCUCUCCGUCUACUCCAACACUCACUCCCACUCCCACCCGCACCCGCUCACGCUGACCCACUCGCACUCUCACCCUCACCCCCAGAUGGUGGAGAAGCCCCUCAUGUCCGCGAAGCUGUUCGCGAGCAAGUCCGUCGCCCUCACGACGCCGAAGGGCGGCGGCGGCGACCGGCUGAGCACGGGCGGGUCGCGGUGCGGCUUUUGCAACAAGCCGGGGGCAUCGCACACCUGCGUCAACUGCUCCAAGGUGUCAUGUGACUCGUGCAUGGGCUUGUACGCCAAGGAUAUUUGCACGCGGAAGAACCCCCAGCACAGCUUUGUGCCCAACCAUCAGCUCAACUUCAAAUCCGGCACCAUAUCUCACCUGGUGUACCGAUGAGUCAGGGCGACGAAUAUUUGUUUCUCCCCUCUCGUCUUCC